AUCUUUGUUUAAAGCUCGAUUUUUGACAUUCAUCUUAUAACCUUACUUUUGAAAAGUAUCAAAAUGUCUUUUGUGAAUUUAUUUAUUAAAAGAGGGAUUUCCACAUCUUGCACAAGGUUCGGCAAACGAAAUUUUAGGAAGUUUCCAAUAUACAACAAACGCGGUUCUAAAAUAUUUAAAGAAAUGAGGAAAGACCCUAAUUAUGACCUACCACAUGACAAGCGUGGCGUAAGAGAUGUUGGAUAUUAUGCCGAUGAUGGAACUUUUGUAGCAAUACCAGAAAAAAUUCCUGAACUUAUUGUACCAGAUUUAAAAGACUUUCCUCUCAAGCCCUAUGUGUCGUACAGAACUCCCGACGUCAUGCAAUCAGAAUUUACAGCUGAAGAUUUGUUCAAUGUAGUGUAUGCACCAAAAAUAGCUAAAGACUUUAAAGAAGGUAAACUGAAUGAAGAUGGAAUGCCUUUGGAACCAUCACCUGAGGAGAAAAUGACACCGGAGGAGGCAAGAAUUAAAGCAGAACAAACUGGAAGUGAUAUGUUUUAGAAUUAAUGUAGAAUAUUAAAUUUGUAGAUAAUAAAACCUUGACGAAAAAA